AUGGAGGGACCAGAGCGUCUUGUAGGACGUUCCAACGUCGGCGGUUUAGCGUCGUCGUCGUGCGGUUACAACAUGGGCCGCUUCCUGCAGCGUCCGAACCCUUUCGACUGCAUGCACGGCGGCAUGGGGAUGGGUUCGGCCGCCAACCUCGGCUACUCUUCGUACUCCGGCGAUUCCUGGGGCCUCAUGCACGGCGGCUACCCCAACGGCGUGGACCGUGGGUCCAGGCACCAGAACCAUUACCUCCCCACGGCCACGUGCAAGGACUACUCCGUGAACGGCGGCGCACAGCUACAGAACCCCUACCCGUCCCCCUCACCCCCAGGGAGGGGCGGUUACCCCGGGGAGAUCGUGCAAAAUUCGUACCACCCGAUGACGUCAAUGUGCAAUUCCGAUUCCACCCCGUGUCUUUCUCCGGAUCUUGACAAGAAAGAAAACAAACCAAAAGAGUCUCCAGAUCCCUACAAGCUGGACCUGUCGGUGAAGCCACGUAAGGAGAGGACGGCGUUCACGAAACACCAGAUCCAGGAGCUGGAGAAAGAGUUCAACUCUCACAACUACCUGACCAGGUUACGGCGCUACGAGCUGGCGGUGUCCUUAGAUCUCACAGAGCGACAGGUCAAGGUUUGGUUUCAGAACCGACGAAUGAAGUGGAAAAGAGUGAAAGGAACUAAACUGGUCAAGGAUAAAGUGGACGGUCAACUGAAACCCAUCAUGGCGCCCAAUGUGACGUCAUCAACAAGCAUGAACGAAGCAGACGAUCUUCCUAGACUUUCAAAAGUUCAGUGACGCGAUCACGCGAUAUGGAGUGGCACACUGUGAUAACUGAGUUACGUCCCUUGAAAAACCAUGUUCACGUGACUGAAAUGCGCAAGGUGUCAGAAGGCCAAGUUCAGCGUGCAAAAGUUUCGCUAACGUUCGCGAACUAUUUGAUUGGUUUUCGAAGUGGUAAUUCGGUUUACUGUGCAGCGUAAAAACCAGUCUAGCGAACGUUAGCGACAAGCGGUUGACUGAACUUUAGCUGGAUUAACUUUGGACGGUGGAGGUGGUUGUGAGGGACAAUCUGCCAGUCAACGUGAGAGUUAUGUUAGAAGUGUCUGAAACUUCUUUCUACAAGUAGUAACUUUGGGUUGUCCGAACACUCUCCAACCCUCUAACAUAGUGAUCUGCCAGUAUGCGAACGCAUUUUAAACACAAGUUCGAAAUGAAUGGAAGAAUAUCCACAGAGAUGUCAUAUGGAAGGAAACUCGAGGUUCAAACGAAAGCCAAAAUAAAAGAUCUCCGUUUUGUUGCACAUGCCUACAUUCACUAACAAAAAGAGAAGAAACCACAGGGAAGUACAUUCUUAGUGUGGUGAUUUCUGAAGUACAUACUGACAGAGUGAAGUACAUUUGUAACCAGUGUGGUGAUUUCUGAAGUACACACUGACAGAGUGAAGUACAUAGUGAAUAUUUGUUUUUAAACAGUGUGGUGUAUUUUGAAUGUCAGACUGACACAGUGAAGUACAUUCUUAACUAGUGUGGUGUG